GUUGAAACCCGCUUUUACCCGCCCCAGAAUCUUUGCGUUAUGGGUCACUCACUUUCUUCUCGCGCUAAUUCGAAAGAGGGAACGAGCGAGUCUUACUAACCUUCUUCUUCUUCUUCUUCUUCUUCUACUCUCUAACCCUAAUCCCAACAACUUUCAAAUUAGCUUCCGGGUCCUCUUCCAUUUCACAAGGUCAAUUCAUCUUAACCCAAUUCUUUUUCUUUACUCUGUGUACUCUUGUGGUUAGGGUUUCAAAUAGGCAAAUUCACUGAUUCCGUUCAAGAUUUUCCAAUAUCGUAAUUUCAUGGGAAGCAACCAUGAUUCAAGUGACGGCCUUUUCAAAAUCCGUCCCCGUCUGGCGGAUGUCACCAAUUGUCCCUCGAAAAGGCCGUUUUCUUUAGUCUCCAGCGGCGGUGGGGACUCGCAGUUCACAAAGCAAAUGCGCUUAGGUGUAGAAAGUUUAGCCAAAAGCAAAAUCCAAAUGCAACUAGGAGCACAUUCUCAGCUUAACAAGGAGGUCUUAUUGCAACCUAAAGAAAACCAACCCAUUUUGUUUCCGUCUUGCGAUGAUACUUCAAGCUCGUGUCAGAAACCGGGCUCGCCCAGUGAAGGAUCGGAGGAGAAGAAUCCGUUGGGUAUGAAGAAGUGUGAAUUUGGGGGGAAGGUUGAAGGAAUUGCCCCAACCGAUUGUGCUGUUGAAAGCGGGGACAAGGAUAUUUGUGUUGCUGAGAAUUCCGGAUCUCCCAGGUGUCGGGCCGUGCAAAUGCCGUCAAUCUCUGCCUCUAAUGAUUCUAAUUUUCGGGGGUUGAAACCGUGCUCUGGGCAUAAGGGCGAUGGAGCAUCGAAUCCUGUUACUGAUGCUGCGGACAUUAAAUCUUGCACUUGUUCCUUAUGCUCUAAAGCUGCUUAUAUCUGGUCGGAUCUCCAUUACCAGGAUGCCAAGGGUAGAUUAAGUGCUAUAAAGAAGAGUCAGAAAGAAGCAAAAUUGAUCAUUCAGAAAUUUUCUGGAUUAGAGGAUACAGUCAUGCAUGGCCAGCACCAAAGUGAGGAGUCAUUAAACUUAGAAUUGUCCCUUGUGCAUCAGUGGAAGUCGCUCUUUGUUCAAAUGCAGAAUAUGUAUGCCCAAGAAAGUAGCCAGCUACUGCAUCACGUUUUUUCUUUGGGGGCGUCAACUGGAUUUGCUCUUUGAACAGGAAUCAAGCUUUGAAUCACUAAAAAAUUUGAGAGAACGCUGCAAGACUGAUCUUGAUUCGAAUGACAACAGCCAUCGUGAAAAACAGUAGUAUUCCAAUCCGUUUUUCCAUUGUAAGAUUGCUUGGCACAUAAGUUUCUUGGCUUCAAAUUUCAAUUAAUAUGCAGAUGCUCAUAUAUUGCUUUAGUACCUGUAUAUUUUUUGUAAACUCGGUGGCUAUAAUACUUGCAAGUCUACAUGUACAUUUAUCACGUCA